UCUCCUUCUGCUCGCCGCCGCCUAACAGGUGGUGGUGCCGCCGCGCCUUCCUCCGUGCAGCGGGCAUGGGGAACCAGGUGGAGAAGCUGACCCAUCUCAACUACAAGGAAGUUCCCACAGCCGACCCGACAGGUAUGGACAGAGAUGAAGGGCCCAGGAUCGGGGUCUCAUACAUCUUCUCGAAUGACGAUGAUGAGCUGGAGCAGCAGCAGGAUUCGGUGCAUGACCUGGGGGGUGAGAACCCUGCCCUGCAGCCCUACGAUCCCCAGCUGCACGAGGUGGAGUGCUCAGUCUAUUACCGGGAUGAGUGUAUUUACCAGAAGAGCUUUUCAGAGGAGGACACGCAGCUAGAGGAGGGUGAUGAAGGAGGUGGGGGGCAUCUGAGCACCUACACCCCGGAGAACCUGCUGAAUAGGUGUAAGCCAGGUGACCUCGUGGAGUUUGUGUGCCAAGCCCAGUAUCCGCACUGGGUGGUCUAUGUGGGGGAUUUUCAAGUUGUGCACCUCCAUCGGCUGGAGGUGGUGAACAGCUUCCUCACCGAUGCCAGCCAGGGCAGACGCGGCCGCAUUGCCAACCAGCUGUACCGCUACAAGCCCCUCAGCCCGGCCGUGGUGGUGCGCAAUGCCCUGGAGCAGGUGGGUUGCAAGGAUCGGGACUUGAGCUGGAGAAACUCGGAGUGUUUUGCUGCCUGGUGCCGAUACGGCAAGCGAGAGUUUAAAAUCGGCGGGGAGCUGCGCAUAGGCAAGCAGCCCUACCGACUGCAGAUCCGUCUGGGGGACAAGCGCAGCCACACGCUGGAGUUUCAGAGCCUGGAGGAUCUGAUCAUGGAGAAGAGGAGAAAUGACCAGAUUGGUAGGGCUGCUGUGAUCCAGGAGCUCUCCAGCCACCUGCAGGCUGCAGAGGAGGAGGAAGAGGAGGAGGAAGACCAUCAUCAUUCAGGUGCUCAGACUGCUGUGGAGUAGCAGCCUCAGCACCACCAUCCUGCUUAGCCUGGGUGAUGGGGAUUAAAACUGAAGGCUUCGAAAUUGAGCUGUUAUAAGCCCUUUGGGCUGCUUCGGUGCAGCUUCAUUCCAAUCACAUGUGAAAGGAAGGGAGAAAGCUGCUUAAGUGUCUGUGCUUUAGUGCUUAACUCCUUCAGUGCUUGAUGAUAAAACCCCUGACUUAUUUGUAGAGGAUAAAACUCAGGGCAAUUCUACCCCUCUCCUCUCUCACUUCUUUCCUUUCCUCUCUGCCAUUUUCGCACAUAGCCUUUUCCUCAACCAUCUGCCAGUAGGCGUGACCCUACAAGCUGCUAAAUGCCUUUGACAUCUACU